AUGGAAGAAACUCCUCCGGGACAACUUCCUGGAGCGCAACGGAAAACCCCAGAACCCCACCAGAUCCUGAACCAAAGCACGAUUACCAACGGGAUUCAGCACCUCCCGGACAUCGAUUACAAGACCUUCAGCAGCGGGAUUCAGCACCUCCCAGACGACGAUUACAAGACCUUCAGUAGCGGGAUUCAGCACCUCCCAGAUGAUGACAACGGGAUUCAGCACCUCCCAGGCGACAAUUACAAGACCUACGGGAUUCAGCAUCUCCCAGAUGAAGACAACGGGAUUCAGCACCUCCCGGACAACGAUUACAAAACCUACAUCCGCGUGAUACAGAACAUCCUGGUGGGAGCGAAGAAGAUUGGUUACGCGGUUACAAGUACCAACAGCGGGAUUUAA